AAGCAGCGGUCGGCGGUUCCUCCCAUCAUGCCGUGAGAAGCAGCGCAGGCAGCGGGAGGGGGAGGAUGGGGAUGCCGGGGGAGGAUUAGCACAGCAGUAGGCACCGGCUCAGGGGGGUUUAGGGCAAAUAUGAGGUGUUCCACGAAGUCAGACCAUCAUUGAGAUGAUCCACAACACAGAGCUGAAUGCCAAAUUGCCUUCCACCAUCAAGAAGAGAUAGCCAGGCUGUAGCAUGGAGGAGGAAUGACUUCUGCAGGAGGGGGUGACACGCUGACAGUCAAUUUUGAGAAAAUGCCGGGGGUCUGCGCAUACGUCUUGGUGGUGCUGGUGCCUCUUGUUGCUUCUUUCACCCCCGGGGCCUUAUUGGUGGACAUGGACGGAAACCUAACGGAGAAUAUCAACGUCACAGAUGGUGGAUUUGUCCCUGCUGCGUUCACUAAAGUGAGUCAGAUCAUUGCCCGCGAGGGAACCUGUGCGCUGAUUGAUUGCAACGUCACUGGAGACCCGUUCCCCAGCGUUCAGUGGUUCAACUCCCAUGGAGAGCUCCUGGACACAACAAAUGGUGGGAAGUGGUGUCUGCUGGACAGCGGGGUCCUCAACAUCACCAGCAUCAAGUUUGCCGACCGCGGCAAGUACACCUGCAUGGCUUCCAACGCCCACGGCAGCUCCAACUGCACGGUGACGCUGCGCGUGGUCUUCACCAGCGGCGACAUGGGCGUGUACUACAUGGUGGUGUGUUUAGUCACCUUCACCAUCAUCAUGAUCCUGAACGUCACACGCCUCUGCAUGAUGAGCAGCCACCUGAAGAAGACGGAGAAGGCCAUUAACGAGUUCUUCCGCACCGAGGGCGCCGAGAAGCUGCAGAAGGCCUUCGAGAUCGCCAAGAGGAUCCCCAUCAUCACCUCCGCCAAGACGCUGGAGCUCGCCAAAGUCACGCAGUUCAAGACCAUGGAGUUUGCGCGGUACAUCGAGGAGCUGGCGCGCAGCAUCCCGCUGCCGCCGCUCAUCAUGAACUGCCGCACCUUCAUGGAGGAGAUUCUGGAGGUCGUGGGCGUGGAGGAGAUGAGGCACACCUUCAUCAGGCACGCCCCGGAGUGGCGCCGCGAGGCUGCUGGCCGGUUCGCGUCCAUCGCUGCACGGGACGUCUUCACCAUCCUGCAGGUGAGGGACAGGGAGCGCAGCGAGUCCCCCACCGCCGACUCCGACAACUCCUCCAUUCACGAGCAGCCGCAGCACAUCGCCAUCCAGGCGUCUGUACACCCGCCGCUCGCCGUCAGAGACUACUGCGGCAUCGAGGCCCAAACCCAGCCUGAGACCUCGCCGUCUCCUCCGCCUUCCUCCCCAGCACCCCAUGCUCCUCUCCCAUUGGAGGAGCCGAGCGAAGAGGCAGCAGAAGAUCUUCCCCAACAGGCGGCUGAACCAAUGAACACGCCACCCUGCCAGGUUUUCUACGAGAGCCACGUGUGACGAGCAGCCAUCUUUACCCUGCUAUGCAUUCUCACUUGAAAACAAAAAAGUUGUAAUGAAAAUCUUUAAUUUUGGAGAAAACAAUCAGCUUUUGAUUUCUGAACCCCCUCCCAACUUUUCUAGAUGGAUCCGCUCAGUCUUAAAACUUUUUCAGGCACAUUUUUCCCCCUCACUCUGGACCUGAAUGUAAGUGGGAGGAGCUAAGCGGCAAGAAUUCCUUCAUUUGUGGGUUUUUGUGAUUUCCUUUAGAAAAACGUCUGCGUUUGGUUUCCUUCAUUCAAGAAUCCACAUCCAGCUCCUGUCAUGACGUCUCUGCUGCUGUUUAUACGCUGCGUUCAUGUACAGGUGCAUGCUGGUGCCAGAAUCCACGCAGGUCACAUGAUUGUACAAUCCUAAACAAGCAAAGCUGGCUAGUAAGAGCGGUGCUUUUCCUUUGCUUGUAGAUUAAAGUUGUGUUUUUCUUGGAGAUAGUGUUAAUAUUAUUAUUACCUAGAGUGACGUGCUUUUGUUUCUCACUAGUUCAACUUCCUAGUUUGGUUUCUUUUCCGAUGUUUGGCGGUUUAAGUGUGACUGGCGCCCGGAUCUGAGCCUUGUCCUGCUUCCGCUGAGGCUUCCCGGCUUAGCUGCACACUGCCUGCAUGUGUGAGCGCACUAUAAAGGUGUCGUACGUCUUUCUCUGGAACUCCAAACCUCCUGUGCUGCUUCCUGUUGCUUUGGCUAAAAGGUCCAGUCUGUGGCAGAGAAGAGCUGGAUGCUGUUCUGCUUUCACCGGUGCUCUUUUUGUAGUGGAAUUAAAGGAAAGUGCUGUGCUUUAAGACAAA